GAAGUAUCGUAUUAACUUUCUUUGACUAUAUAUGUUUUCUUUCAUCUUGUCUUAAUUUUAAGUGAAACUUGAGAUCUUUGUAUUAAAAUCUAAAUAUUAAUACGAACUGUCUGCCUACUUUUUGAUAUAUCCGUUUCCAACUUCUCACAUUUCAACACUCGCAACCAUGAGAGGCCUUUUCCGCAAAGCCGACCCUGACGCCGACGAGAAGACACUGUGCGAUGAUGGCGAACAAACCACACUUCCAUUCAGGGAGCGCGAAAAGCCGGACCCCCUUGAAGAUGAAGCGGACGAUAGCGUUUCUCUGACUCUACAUCCCCUUCCAGAGAUGGAGGGAGUGAUCGUUUCUGUUCAUCCUCCGAAGGGGAAGAGCCGGACGCCAUGUGACGUUGUGCUGGUCAUUGACGUUUCGGGCUCCAUGGCCACGAAGGCACCAUCGCCAGAAACAGCCGCGGGAGAGAUCGAGGUGAAUGGUCUUACAGUUCUGGACCUGACCAAGCACGCCGCGAGGGCUAUUGUCGAGACCUUGGAUGACAACGACCGCCUUGGGAUAGUCACGUUCUCUGACGAAAUCAAGAUUGUCCAGCGCCUGAAGCCCAUGACAAAAUCGAACAAGACUGCAGCCUGGAACAACAUAAAAAAUAUCCAUGCCGAUGGUUUGACGAAUAUCUGGCAGGGUAUUCUUCAGGGAAGAAGUCUGUUUGACGACGAACCGCGGCCAGGGAGUGUGCCUGCGCUUAUGCUGCUGACGGAUGGUGCACCGAACGUCGGCUGUCCGCCGCAGGGAUAUGUGACACAGCUCCGUAUGUAUGAUCUCCCAGCGCCAAUCCAUACAUUUGGCUUCGGCAGCCAGAUUGGCUCCUCCCUUCUCCAAUCGAUUGCAGAAGUUGGGAGCGGCAACUUUGCAUACAUUUCCGAUCCAAGCAUGCUUGCCACUGUGUUUAUUCAUGCGAUUGCCAAUCUCCAAUCGACAUUUGCAAUGUCGGCAACCUUGACAAUUGAGGCUUCUCAAGGGCUUCAACUGGCCGAGACCAUGGGUGACUACAUCAGAAAGGAAAUCCCGAAGGACCAAGCCCAGUCACCCAAGGACAAGUUACUCAUACCACUUGGGGGCUUACAAUAUGGACAAUCCCGCGACAUCUUUCUCAAGUAUGAACCAUUCGAGCAGAAAGACGAGAAGCCCCUUAUCAAGGCCGAGCUUCAAUGCAGACCCCUAAAUAAGACUUCUGGCAACUGCCUCGUAUCCUGUAGUGUUUCGGACAGCCCAAAUAUGCAACCCGAGGUAAUCGACUUCCACCGUAACCGCGCCACGGUAUGCGAAUUCGUCAGCUCUCUCGCACCAAUUUCCAAGACCCACGAGCGCACCAAAGCCAACUUGCGCGACGUUGAACAGAAGCGCUGCGAGCUACAGAAUCUAAUCGUCGCCAUCCGCGCCAUGGUCCUCGAUGACGAUGCCAACAUCGGGCUCCUGGAGGACCUCGAGGGACAGAUGAUGCUCGCUCUCGCAACGAGCUAUUUCGGCGGCUGGGGCUUCCACUACUUGCUGUCGAUGUAUAAUGCGCAUUUCAAGCAGGUGCGCAACUCCUUCAAGGAUCCCGGCCCACAGAGCUACGGCAAGGACUCUCCGCUGUUCCUGGAGGCGACCAAGGAGCUCAGUCUUCUGUUCGACACGCUGCCAUCGCCCACACCGGUCGUAACGGUGAGGGAUUCGACGGGACGCUCGAUGAAUAGGACGAUGAAUAUGAGAUCCUACAACAUGAGAAGCAACCCCUGUUUCGCGGCCGAGUGCAAAGUUGCCCUCGCGGACGGCACGAAGGUCGAAGUCAAGGCUCUGAAGAAUGAUAUGACACUCUGGACACCGAAGGGCACGCGCAAGCUCGUGGGCAUCUUGGGGACGGCUGUCGAGGAUGAGGCGAUGUGUAAAAUUGGCGACCUAGUCAUUACGGCCUGGCACCCGGUUUUUCUGGACAAGAAAUGGGUGUUCCCAGGCCAUAAUUCGGAUUCGACAACACAGUACACCGGAACUAUCUACUCGCUUCUCCUGGAGCAGGAUGGGGACGCCGAGGCACACGCAGUCGAAGUCGGUGGGAUGCUUGCUGUGACGCUUGGACAUGGUAUCACUGGCGCUGCUGAAGAUGGCAAUGACGACAUACGGGCUCAUGAAUUCUUUGGGGACUAUGCCAAGGUUUUGGAGGGGCUCCAGGCGUUGCCUGUGUUGGACGGAGUCUACAGCUCUGUCGGUGUGGAGAGGGACGAGGCGACGGGCCUUGUCAGUGGGUUUGCUGCCAGGAAUUAGGUUUAGCGUAGUAUGUUAAUCAUGAACUACUCUGUGUACCCUCUUGAG